CCUCACCCCUAAAUCGCAUUAUCUUCCAAAGAUGAGCUGUUUACGAAUUCUCCAACUUCUUUGCCUCUUUUUGUUCAUCCUCAAUUUUCAAACUACUCUUUCCUCUGCUUUAUUUACUCGUCGAACUAAAAGAACCUGCUUUCCAAAGGAUAGGGCUGCUCUUCUUCAUUUCAAAAACGCCUUUUCCAUUGAUCAUGAAUAUGUUUCUAUCCUAUGUGAUGCAUUCCGUGUUGAAUCUUAUCCAAAGACAGAGUCAUGGAAUGAGGGUACGGACUGUUGCUCUUGGGAUGGGGUAACAUGUGACAAUGUUACUGGCCAUGUGAUCGGCCUUGAUCUCAAUUGCAGCUGGCUUUCUGGCACCUUCCUUUCCAAUAGCAGCCUCUUCACCCUUUCAAACUUGCAAAGGCUUAACCUAGCCUAUAAUGACUUUCAAGGCUCUAAGCUUUCACCAAGGUUUGGCCAAUUUGCAAGUUUAGUGUAUCUUAACCUCUCCAAUUCAGGGUUUUCCGGGCAAGUUCCAUCUGAAAUCUCCCACUUGAACAAAUUACUUUCACUUGAUCUCUCCUCUUAUUUGGUCUUGCUUAAAACUCAUACAUUGAAAGGACUUGUUCAGAACCUAACAGAGGUAAGACAACUUUUCCUUGAUGGAAUAGACAUGUAUUAUGUUGAUCCUUCCUCUUUCAUGAAUCUACCAUUUUCUUUGACACAUCUAAGUCUUGGAAACUGUAAUCUGAAAGGAAAUUUUUCAGAAAACAUUUUCCAACUUCCAAAUCUUGUUUGGCUUAAUUUGGGUGGAAAUUUCUACCUCAUUCCUAAACUUCCAAAGUCAAACUGGAGUGGACCUCUUGAGUAUUUGGAUCUAUCAGAGACAUCUUUUUAUGAGGAAUUUUCUAACUCUUUUGUAAAUUUAGCAUCCCUGAGGCAUCUGAGCAUGGAAGCAUGUCUAUGUUCAGGAUCACUUCCAAGAGCAUUGGGGAACUUGACACAACUUAUUUUUUUGGACCUCUCGCGCAACCAUAUCAUUGGUCAGAUCCCAUUCUCAUUCACAAAUCUGACACAACUUCAGUUUUUGUAUCUUCAAGAUAAUCAUUUAGUUGGUCCCAUUCCUGAUCAAGCAACUUUUUUUAUGGAUCUAAGAGAGAUAGACUUGUCUCAGAACUUUCUUGAAGGAUCCAUACCUUCUUGGGUGUUCAACAUACCAUCAUUAGAGUUGCUAGAUCUUUCCUAUAACCAACUCACUAGUCAAAUCCCAUCCUCAUUCACUAACCUAACACAGCUUGUGUUUUUGUAUUUGUAUAACAAUCACUUGGUUGGUCCCAUUCCUGAUCAAGCAACUUCUCUUUUAGAUCUAAGAGCAAUAGACUUGUCCAAUAACUUUCUCAUGGGAUCCAUACCUUUUUGGGUGUUGAACAUAUCAACACUAGAGUCGCUGAGCUUUAGAAAUAAUCAACUCACUGGUCAACUGAAUGAAUUUCAAUAUGGAUCAUUGCAAUCCAUAUCCUUGGCAAAUAAUAGGCUUAAAGGUCCAAUUCCAAGCUCAAUAUCUCACCUCUUAAAUCUCACUUUACUUGAUUUGUCAUCAAACAAUUUGAAUGGAAUUUUUGACUUAGACAUGUUUUCUAAGCUCAAAAAUCUUCAAGUUCUUGAUCUUUCACAAAACAUUGAUUUGUCAUUUAUCUCCACCAUCAAUAUCACAUACACCUUGCCUUGUCUUACAAACUUGAUUCUAUCUUCGUGCAACACCUCCCAAAUUCCUAAGUUUCUGAGAGGCUUAGAAGGUCUGAAAGCAUUAGACCUUUCUAACAAUAAGAUUCAAGACAUUCCCGAGUGGAUGUGGGAUGUUGGAAAGAACUCAUUGAAUUACUUGAAUCUCUCUCAUAACCUUCUAGUGUAUGUAAAGCAGCUUCCUUGGAAAAGCCUAGAGAUUCUUGACCUCAACUUUAACUUGAUUAAAGGGCCUCUUCCAGUUCCACCUUCCAAUAUCCAUUUUUAUUCAGUCUCAAAUAAUAGUUUAAUGGGAGAGAUUCCUUCUUUGAUUUGCAGUUUAAGUCAACUUGUAGUUCUUGACUUAUCUCACAACAACUUGAGUGGAGUCACUCCACCAUGCCUCGGGAACUUGAGCAGUCUUGAAGUGUUGAAUCUAAGGAUGAACAAGUUAAGAGGAAUGAUCCCUACAACAUUUGCAAAUGGUUGUACUUUGAAGAAUCUUAACUUGAAUGCUAAUCAACUCGAGGGUUUGAUACCACGAGCAAUUGUCAACUGCAAAGACCUGCAAGUGCUAGAACUUGGGAACAAUAACUUGUAUGGUAGAUUUCCUCAUUGGCUGGGAACUCUUCCACAUCUGCAAGUUCUUGUUUUAAGGACAAAUAAACUCUAUGGCUUUCUAAGAGAUUCCAAAACUAGCCAUUUUUUCCCCAAGUUGCAAAUUUUUGAUGUCUCCAACAAUCAUUUUUCUGGUCCAAUUCCAACGGGAUGCAUCAAAAAUUUGAAGGCCAUGAUGACAUUCAAGGAAGGUGAAAUUCAUGAGCAGUACAUGGGAGGAUACUUAGUUUCUGGUAUCUUUUAUCAGUAUUCUGUUAGUUUGGUGGAAAAGGGUUUUGAGAGAGAACGGACUAAAAUUUUAACCAUACUCACGAGCAUUGAUCUCUCAAAUAACAAGUUUGAUGGAGAGAUUCCAGAUGUCAUCGGAAGGCUUUGUUCUCUUAUAGGACUUAAUCUUUCUCAUAACAAGCUCAGUGGUCAUAUUCCACAAGCAAUGGGAAAUUUGACCAACCUUGAAUGGUUAGACCUUUCUUCAAACCACUUGGCAGGGGAGAUUCCAAGAGAAUUGGUAAAUCUAAAAUGGCUUUCAGUUUUAAACCUUUCCAAUAAUCUGUUGGAUGGACCCAUACCUCAAGGCAAACAAUUCAACACAUUUGACAAAAGUUCAUAUGAGGGGAACUUGGGGCUAUGUGGAUUACCUUUGUCAAAAGCUUGCAGCGAAGUUAGGAUGCAACCAAAAUCACAAAGCACUUUUCAGGAAAAAGAUGAGCUAUGGGAGUUUGGCUGGAAAGUUGUAUUGUUGGGCUAUGGGUGUGGACUGGCAUUUGGAUUGUUCAUGGGUUAUCUUGUCCUUAGAACAGGAAAACCAAAGUGGCUUGUAACUGUGGCAACUGGCUUGUAACUUCGGCUGAAGGACUACCAAAUCAAAGGAAAAGGAAGCAGCUGCAAGGUUUCCGUUAUGUUAUGUUUUUUUCUUUUCUUUUUUCCUUCGUGAUUAAAACCGUAUGUUGAACUUGAUUUGUCCCAGCUGAGUUUUAGUGUUUUAUGUAAAGGGCUUAAUUAGAAUUUUCACACAUGUUAUGUCUUGCAUUCAAAAAGAGUGUUUCAAAUAAUUAAAAGUUUGAAACUUCA